ACAGCCAUUUUACAAUUUUGUGUAGAACCUUGUAGAAAUUCUACCUGACAAAAUGUUCAACCACUGUCCGCCGUGUUGAGGCAAAAUUCUGACAGACCAACCCCAGAGUAAAGAUGGGUUGGCGAUACUAUUUGUGAUAGCUGGUACCGGUACCAUACUGUACAUCUACUCGUCGUCUCUGUUGUGGUUGCAUUCACCAUGCCCUCGCUCUUGUCUGAUCGCUGCUCUUGUCCCGGUCCACCACACGUGGAUCUGACCGAGGCGUACAUCGCUCAACAUCAAGCAUCAUCACAGCCUCCGCCUGAAUCGCUCAGGGACUGCGAGCGAAGCCUAUUGAGUAAUUUGAAAGAACACGGAUGGUCACAUGUCACUGUCAGGCUGUCGGAUCUUCCCCAAGGCUCUCCUCUUGUCGUUUCCUCGGCAGAUGACGCCAUGAAGGAUGCCAAAUUCCAAUGGAAGAACCCCAAAGAGUCCAUUUUGCGUCUAUUUGAUGAUUCAGCUUUGAUACCAAAUGCUACCUACCGAACUUCUGAAAGUGGAGCUCCUGGCGAAAGCUCCGUGGAACCAAAAAAGUCAUGGGAAUCUAGACGUUGCACCUCUUACAACAACAAUAAUCAGAACGACGAACAGUCAGAAGCAUCACCAUUGGAUUCGGUCACGAACGCGUUGCAUUCCAUCAUUUGUACCGUGAAUUGGCUGCUGCACUUGCCACCCAAUCUGUUGAUUGCCCAAAGACAAGAUACCCCUGGCACACCAACAAGACACCAAUAUGGUUGUUUCUGCAACAAACACCAAGAUGGUUGCAACUCACAUGGACCUUGCAAUCUGGAUUUAUUGAGAGUUUUUCACUAUGACAAAGUGGAACCGCCAAAGAACCAAAACGAUGCGAUCAUGGGAAGUUCCCCGCAUACUGACUGGGGUUCGUUCACGGUUGUGUGGCAAGACACCGUGGGUGGAUUGCAGACGUAUUGCCGCACUUGUCAGGCGUGGCGAGAUGUUGAGGCAUCGUUUGACGAUAAUCUACUUCGGUUUGUCAUACACGUCGGGGACGCCACGAGUUUGGCAAUGAACUGUGGCCGUGAGCUGUUGGGUGAUGGAGAGCAUCCAUCGAGUCCCUUCUUCCCGUCACCCAAGCACCGCGUUCUCUCCCCAGUCACUGAAACCAGAGUAUCGCUCGUCUACUUUGUGUAUCCUUCCCCAGGGCAAUCAUUGGAAUCUCUUGCAAGUGGGGUAGCUUCUUGGCUGGAGACGGACCAAGGGAAAAGAGGAGGAGCGCAUGCCAAAACACCAUCACACGGCCACAUUCCCUAUGAACACUACUAUCUUCUGCAUGAUCAAUCAGAAAGCAAUAGGAAUAGGUUGCCCAAGGAUGUCUAUUUGGAAAUUUGCAAGCGCUCCAUGGAGCAGGUUUUCGCAGAAAAAUGGACACAGGUCCAGAGGUCAUGAUUAAAUUAAAUUAUCCACCGACGGGCUCGCCCUUUCCAUUAGCUUUGUUGGGUAGCUGUCGGAUAGCAGUCUAGCUAGUGGUGGUGCCCGUACCGGUGCCGGUACAAGAGGGGAUAACUUAAAAGUAAAAGAAAAAGGAGAGCCUCGAGUGACAUUCGAUUGGCACCCGUACCGUACGCACGUUCCAAUCGAAUGAUUCUCGUGAAAAACAACAACAACCAACCAAAAGGCCAACUUGGAAGUCAAAGAGAAGAAGCAGUGCUCCCUACAAUUUGAAGGUAGGGGUUGACUCCAGUUUCGACUUUUCAGUACCAAAGCCUCUACGUAUCAUAAUGAAAACAACAAUCAAUUCGUACCUCUUUGCUAAAACAGGUCCAGAUGCCCACCUCUGGCAGCACAUGCACAAGUGCCUUCAUCCCAGGGACAGCCAUUUUGACGUGCCCAUUUCAACAGGUCCAGAUGCCCACCUCU